AUGCAGGGGAACUUGUCGGCAGAAGAGGAAAUAGCGGUGAAAAGAUUGUCGGGAACUUCCGGACAGGGUCUUGAAGAGUUUAAGAAUGAAGUUAUUCUAUUUUCCAAACUACAGCAUAGUAACCUCGUCCGACUUUUAGGGUGUUGCGUUACAGGAGACGAGAGAAUGCUAAUCUACGAGUACCUGCAAAACAAAAGUCUAGAUGGUCUGAUUUUCGAUAAGGACAAAAGAGCAGUGUUAACAUGGCCUAUGCGGUACGACAUAAUCAUGGGAAUUGCAAAGGGACUGCUCUAUCUCCAUCAAGACUCGCGGUUGAAGAUUAUCCACAGGGAUCUCAAAACGAGCAAUAUUUUACUAGACGAACAUUUCAAUCCAAAAAUUUCAGACUUUGGCUUAGCAAGAAGUUUCAAAGUCGAUCAAAUUAUGGCAAGAACACGAAGAGUGGUCGGGACUUAG